UUACAGAGGUCGAGGACAAAUACUUCUGGAAACAUCUCCCCACUCUUUCUCAGGCUGAUUGAAAAUAAAACAGAUAGGCUAGGUUCUCCAAGGAAAUCGAAGCUUCAUGACGUGCGCAUGAUUCUCUGCACCUUUCACAAAGCUGACGUGGAAUAUCUUGAUCUAAGCUACGCCUAUUAA